CGAAAGCCGCUCUCCGGAAGUGGGUCCAGAGCCGGCGAGAGUUACGCUGGCGGGCGGUCUAGAGCGGCGCGUCCCGGCCGGGAGGGAGCGAGCGAGACAUGGAAGAUGAGCAGAGCUUCUCGGAUAUCUGUGGCGGCCGCCUGGCCCUGCAGCGCCGCUACUACUCCCCGUCCUGCCGAGAGUUCUGCAUCAGCUGCCCUCGGCUCUCGUUGCGCUCGCUCACCGCUGUCACCUGCACGGUGUGGCUAGCGGCCUACGGACUCUUCACCCUCUGCGAGAACAGCAUAAUCCUCUCUGCUGCCAUCUUCAUCACCCUCUUAGGCCUGCUCGGUUACCUCCAUUUUGUCAAGAUUGAUCAGGAGACCCUGUUAAUCAUAGAUUCCCUUGGUAUCCAGAUGACCUCAUCUUAUGCUUCAGGCAAAGAAAGCACUACCUUCAUUGAGAUGGGCAAGGUGAAGGAUGUUAUCAUCAAUGAAGGUAUUUACAUGAAGGUGAUUUACUACCUCUGCAUUUUAUUGAAGGAUCCGGUGGAACCACAUGGGAUAUCCCAAGUAGUACCUGUCUUCCAGAGUGCCAAGCCCCGCCUGGACUGCUUGAUUGAAGUGUACAGGAGCUGCCAGGAGGUCCUGGCGCACCAGAAAGCCACAUCAGCAAGUCCAUGAGUCCCAGCAUUCAGAAGGCCAGUAUUGUCUUCCAUGGGAGAUGACUCCUAAGCCAUAGUGGCUGGUUUAUUUUCUGUAUUCUAAACCAUCGGGUGGACACAGUCCUAGGAACCAGUAUGGAUGCAGUGGAUCUCAGAGCCAUAGAGCAGGUGACUGGAAACCUAACUCAUUGUGUGAUGUUGAGCAAAGUCCUGUGUAUUGUAGUGAUCCGCUUGUAAGGUUUUGCCUACUUUACCAACUAGGGGGAGACCUUAAGAAAAGACAUAUCAAAAGUAAUGUUAACAAAGAGCACUUUGUGAAAUUCCUAAACACAUUCAGGUUUACUUUUUGUAGAAUUUCUGGAGCAAGACCAUGGGAAACUGACAUCAGCUAUCUUAAGAAACAUAAUUUCCAACUACAUAGUACCCCUGUAUAAAAGUUAAGGAAAAAAAAAAGUCAAGCCGUUCAGGUACUGGUGAGUAGGAAGAAAUGUCCUACAAAAGACUAGUCUCUGUUCACCUAGCUCCUUUGUUCUGUACAGGGUUAAUUUAUGAUGACUCUCUUAAUAAACCGAUCUCCUUCCAAAACAUACACAAUAA